AGGAGAAGAGGCAGGCCUGGGAGGGCGAGAAGGAGCACUGGGAGACCUUCGCCAGCGACAUGAAGAACUGGUACGACACGGACUUCUCUUGCGUCCGGGAGGAUUUCAUAAAGGAGCAGAGGAAGUAUUACCUGCAGACAGGCGCCUUUGUGAACCUCACCCCGAAGCACCUGGCCGGCCCAGCCAGGCCGCUCUUCGAGAUGGACCUCCUGACCCUGUCGCUGGAGGAGCUGAAGAACCCUUCGAAGCCUCUCAGGUGCGCCAUGAAGGUCGCCAAGGACGGCCCGAUCGAAGGCUUCACUGGCUACUUCGAUGCGUUCUUCCGGGGCUCCGCCGAGAUGCCAGUAGAGCAAGAGGUGACGCUGACCACCGCGCCCACGAGCGCCACCGCCACGCACUGGGGGCAGCAGCUGUUCGGCUUCUACCCGCCGCUGUCAGCCAAGCGGGGGGACACCCUGGAGUGCGAGAUGUUCAUCCGGGGAGUGCGAGGUGUUUACCAGGAGGGCGGGGCGACGCUGGCGGCAGCCGUGGCGGCCGAAAGCUCGCAUGUGGACCUUCGUGAGCGCAGAGGGCUUUACCAGCACGCCGUUCUGAGACUCAUGCCGUGGCGGCUCCCGCCGCUGCCGCCCGUCCGUCUCCAGGCGCAGGACCCCGCAGGCGCCCUCGCGCUGGCGGCGGCCGCCGCCGCCGCGCUCGCCGCGCGGCUCACGCUGCGGCGCCUCCGGCGCCGCUUCGCCGCGGCCCUCGGCGGCGACUGCGCGGCGGCGGCCGGCGCUCAGGCGGCCGCAGGCGCGGCGGCGCCGCCAGCGGCGAGCGCCGGCGCGCGGCAGAAGCGGCCCAGGGAAGCGGAGGCGACGGGCGGGCGUGGCCAAGGAAGUCCGGAGGCCCGGAAGCUCGGCGUGUCCAAGGCCUACCAGGAGGGCUGGGGCCUCAACGCCAGCCGGCCCUGCCGCUUCGCGGCGAUGGGCUGCUGCAAGUGGGGGGAGAGCUGCUACUACAGUCACGCGCCCGCGGACCUGGCCGUCGCGGGCAGAAAGGCGGAAGUCUGCAGCUUCUGGGCCCUGGGCGUCACCUGCCGCUUCGUGCCCUACUGCCAGAACGCUCACGGAGAGGACGAGCUGCAGGAGCGCACGCCGCCGAUGCCGCCGCCCUCCUGGGGCGACGGCUCGGGUCUGCUGUAUGCGGACAGCCACUGUCACCUGGACGGCGUGCUCCUGUCUAGGAGGUUGGGCCAGCGCUGGAUGUUCAAGACGAAGCUGUGCAAGGAGUGGGCCAUGUUCGGGCGCGCGUGCUACUUCGACGCGAACUGUCACUACGCGCACGGCGAGGGGGAGAUCCUGCAGCGCCCCCCCCUUGAGAGGAGGGACUUCGUGAAGUUCGUGAGCGAGCUCCCCAGCGGCUUCGUGGGGCUGGUGCAGAACUGCGUGGACCCCGAGAGCAUCGAGCAGACGGUGGAGCUGGUGCAGUGGGGCCGGGAGCUCCUCGACGGCAGGGUCUACGCGACCUUCGGGCUGCACCCCACGGAGCACUACAGAUACUCCGACGAGCUGGACCUCGCAGAGGCUCUUGGACGCGUUCCACCGCUGCGGCGACCGUGCGGUCGCCUGGGGAGAGUGCGGCAUGGACUAUGCCAGCGCGGCUCGCGCCUCCAGCUGGGGCUUAUUACAACCCCCCCCUCUUAACGUAGACUACCUACCCAACGUAGCCCGAACCUCGGUGACACCGAGCCCGGCCCGCGCGGAAUGGGUGUGACACCUGCAUUCUGCCGACCCGAUUGUCCCGGA